CUCCAUCGGAGGCUGUAUGUCGCUGAGGAGAAGGUUACACGGUAGAGAGUUAGCUGAGCUAGUUAGCACGCUGAUGAAUGUGCUGCUAACGUCGCCAUUUUGAACCCCUGUGUUGUUCCAGCAGAGAGCCAGCAGGUCCAGAGUGUUCCUGUGCAGAUACCAGUGAACCUUCAGCAAGAAAACAGAAACCUGCACUGCUGAAACUUCAUUAAAGAAGGGAAGGAAAGACCCACCGGACAAAUUUUGGACGCAUGCUGUUUUUCAACUGAGAAAAAGAUCGAUUGAGCUUUCUGGAGGAUUUUUUCUUUUUGGACGAGUUUGAUUGUUGUCGAAGGAUUCUUGCGCAUCAUAUGACAUGAAGACCUUUUGACUCGUGGAAAGAGUUUUGUUUAGCUUCUGAUCUCGCAUAUCUAUGAAAUCAGAGCUCUACACUACAUCUGCUUCAACCAGAAUACCGCACAUAAUUAAAUGGGCAUCUUACAAAUGUGAUAUUAAAACAUAUAAAGAUAAAAACGGCAUUAUAAUGCAUCCAGCAGCAUCUCUAUUUCACUAACCAAAACUUAAAAUGACGGCAAUGUAACAUAGGGUUUUACUUCCUUCAUUGUCAUGUGACUUUGAACCUUUUGAGCAUUAUUUUCUUCAAACUCGGACAGUCUUUUUCAUCAGUUUAAUGAGGUGAGCAGUGGUUGUCAGUGACCCCCGUUGCCAGUGAAAGACUGUCUCUGAACUCAUUUUUCUUUUCUGCGUGUGCUUUGGUAGAUCUUAAAAUGAUUCGGUAAAAGGUGAGUCGACGUCAAAGCAUACUGGCACGCAGUGUGUUAGGACAACACUUGUCUGUUUCUCCUCAUCUGGUGUCAAAGUGGAACUGCUACACAAACUGCUGUCCAUUUUCUUGGGCGAACAACUUUCACAGACUGCUUCCUUGUGUUGAUAAUAAGAAAACCUGGAUCUUCCUCUCCGUUGGGAUACAUCACCUGUCAAAUCAAUUCAUUUUGCCAUUCAGCUUUAAGUCCAAUCCAAGGUUUUGAGUGUUACUCCUGACAAUAAGAUCAAAUGAAUUGGUGAAGGAUUCAAUCUGCCUGGGGAAAAACUUUACCUGGACUGGAAACAGUAGCCUUCGAUUCAUCAGAGACGUGACCUCCACAGGAGCUGUUUGGGAAUCUGGUUCGAGAAGGAGAAUAGGUCCUUCAUAGACCUCCGUGCUUCUGCUUUAAGAAACCUACUUCCUGCUUGGCCAGUUCUCUGGAUUGCCAUUCCAGAUCAUUCCUGCGACCUUUUGACCCAUCUCCCAGUGUUUCACCCUGGACGAAGGGAUCUGCCUCUGGGGAAAGGGGCUGUGCUGUCCUGGAGGAGGUGGAGAGGGGGUCGUCGGUGUGCUGCUCCCUGUCUGUCACUCUGUGAUCAGCGCCAACAGGCCUGAGGAACCGAGCCCAGCCGGACCGCGAGAGGAGGCAGAGGACUUCAGAGCCACAGACUCUGGGAUCCUGGCCAUGAGGUUUGAUGCCUCGAUCCACUGACCGGAAACACUGGACCUAAAUGGCGCAGCAUGACUUUGUCCCUGCCUGGCUUAACUUCUCCACGCCCCAGCCUGCCAAGUCCCCUGCUGCCAACCUUGAGAAACAAGGUGAGCCCCACCACCACAGAGACGGCAGAACCACUGUGAGUCGCCGCCGCCACAACUCGUCUGAUGGCUUCUUUAACAACGGCUCCCUGCGCGCUCCAGCAGGUGACGGAUGGCAGCAGCCCUCUCUGCUUCUGAGGCAUGACUCGGUGGACUCGGGGGUGGCCAAAGGAGGGCAUGGCGGGCUGGCGGGGGGCUCCUGUUGGAAGGAAACACCCAGCUGGCAUGGAGCGCCGCGGGGUGCCCAGGACGGCCACCACCACCAGGGACGCCACCCAAAACGGGUAGGAGUCGACAGGGACAGGCAGGUGGGGCACCGGCAGCGCAACGGCAACUUUCAUCCCCGCAAGGGCACCUCGUACCAGGACAAGUUCCCCAACGAGGAACGCAAAGACGGCAAGGACGACAAGCUGAAGUUCGUGGAAGAGGACUUUCCUUCCCUCAACCCUGAAACAACUGGAAAGCCUGGGACUCAGAUGCGAGCAGUGGCCCCCCACGCUGGAGUGUGGGAAAACCCCCCUAGUGGCAAACAGAUGGUGUCCAAAAUGCUGGUUAUCAAGAAGGUUUCCAAGGAGGACGCCAGCACCGCCUUCUCUGCGGGGUUCGCCACUGCUGGCAUCUUGCCCACCAACGGCAGCAAAGUUCCCAUCACAGGCUCCAGCAUCUACAAGAACCUGGUCCCAAAGCCUGCUGUGGCCCCCACCAAGAGCACCCAGUGGAAAUCCGGUGGUAGAGAGAUCACUAAGUCUGGCCUUCACAUGCCGGGCCGAGAUUCAGUCUUCACCAGCCCCGUCUCUGCAGCCAAACCCAGCACCCCAGUCAGUGCACCACAGCACAACACCCCGAAAGAGCACCCUUCCAGCACGACUCCUCCCAUAGACAUCGCCCCGUCGAGGCUGAAGCUGAUGCGGCGUGGUCCGGACCGUAAGAGCGAGUUCCUGCGAGCGCUGAAGGACGAGGGCACUGGAGAGCUGACGACGAGCAGCAGCCCAGGAACAUCAGGAGAGGGUGAAAGCAGUACCCCAGAGCCCAAACCCUACAGCGAGGAAGUCUGCCACGAGAACGGUCUGUCCUACUCCCUCAGUGACUCAGACACCGAACACCUGUCCAGCUCCCUGGAGGCAGAGCACAGGUUGCUGAAGGCCAUGGGCUGGCAGGAGUACCCAGAAAAUGAUGACAACUUCCUGCCUCUGACGGAGGACGAGCUCAGAGAGUUCCAGACUAAAACUGAACAGCAGCUGAAGAGGAACGGCAUGCAGAGGAACGGGGCUCUCCCGAGGGCGCGGGGUGUCACCCUCCACUUCACCCCCUGGAGGAGUGUGGCGGAGGCGAAGGUCGAGGAGGGCUCCGAGUCCGAAACCAGUAGCAGCAGCCAGACCUCUGACGACGACGACUGCAUCAAAUCCUAACGUGGCUUUACGGAACAAAAAAACAAAAACACAAACAGCCAACACAACAUCCCAGCAAGCAAUCCCCCUCUUCCUCUCUCAUCUUUGUUUUUAGAGCACCAUUUUGAAUUUCUUUUUGUUUUGAUUUUUUUUUUUGUUGUCAUUCUUGCACAAGGGAAAAACCAAUCAUAUCCCAGUGAAGGGGGAGAUUCCUGCUCCGCCAGACGUCGUUUUCCCUGCGUUUCCUCCUUCACUGCAGUCCCUGCCCUCUUUGACCCCCCCACCCCCACUCCUCGCCCACCCUACCCUUCUUCCUUUUUCUUCCUCGCUUUGUGGAACUGACGUGUUCAUCAAGAAAAGAAGGGCAAUGAAUGCACACUUGAUUCUGCUUUAAACAGACUAACUCAUUUCAUUGAUGAUGCUGAUGACACAUUAUUAAUGAUAUUAAUAAAAAUUGGUUCCUGACAAGCUGAUAUGUUUCAAUAUGAA